AUGUCGCCGCUCGGCUUCUCCCUCUUCCGCAAGGGCAAGCUAUCGGAGACACAGCCGAGGCCCACGGUGCCGUCCAGCGGGUACCACCUGAUCACACUCGACAGCUACUCGGACACCAAGCGCAUCCCCUCCGGCGAGAGCAUCGAUUCAGCCCCCUUCACCAUCGGCGGAUACCGCUGGGUUUUCAACGGUUGUACGGUUUUGGCAUUCGACAGGCUCAUCGGAAGAAGGGACUUUGAGAAAGAACAUCUUAAUGGCGACCUUUCCAUCAUACGUUGCGACAUCAACGUAGCCGCGGACAGCAGCGUCGCAGCUCCGCUUCUUGAAAACGUGCCACCAUCCGACAUAAAAGAGCAUAUCGCCCGUCUCUUGUCGAGCAAGGAGGGUGCUGACGUGACAUUCGAGGCAGAGCUCUUUGGCCCCAUGAAGGAGGGGGCUACUGCAAAUGUCAUACGGAUACAAGACAUGGAAGCAAAAGUGUUUAGAGCCUUGCUCAGUUUCAUCUACACUGACUCAUUGCCCAAGAUGGACAUAGAUAGCAUGGACGAAGGAGAGGUAGAAGAGCAAGGCAAAGGAGAAGAAGCAAUGUGGCUGCAGUCGUUGCUUGCAGCAGCAGAUAGAUAUGACAUCGGCAGGAUGAAAUUGCUAUGUCAAAACAAGCUGCGGGAGUGCAUUGACGUGGGCACGGUGGCAGAUAUUCUUGGUCUAGCUGACCAGCACUAUUGCCCUGCGUUGAAGGAGGCAUGCUUGGAGUUCCUCAAAAUUCCUAGGAAUUUAGAGAAAGUAUUGAUGGUUGAUGGCUUAGACCAUAUAGUUCAAACCUGCCCCUCUCUUGUCAAGGAACUCCUGUCCAAGUUUGCUUCCUAA